GUGACCAAACAGUAUGUUAACGGAAGGAACUCUGACGGAGAAAGAAGAACAAACCGAGGAAAUCAGAUCAGGCCGUACGAUAAUUAACGGAGCCGUGUGCGAGGGAGUGAGUGCGAGUCAGCCAGUCAGAAAGAAGGUGCGUAGGUUUUUGUCUAUUUUAUUUAUUUAUUUUUAUAUUCGCUUCCUCCCACUGAUUAAAACGAAAAAAAAACGUCACAAAUCUUCUUCAAGGGCCCUCCUCCGGCUCCGGUACGAAUCCAAACAGAAGGAAGUAAGAACCUAAAAACCAGCGGCCGCCGCCGCCCACCGUUUCCCCCACCACCGGCGAUCAAUCCGAUUUUCCCCUUCCGUUCUCUGUCAGCUGCUUCACAAUCACUGAAUCACAGGUCUCUUUCCCCUGCGCAGCUGACUUUUUCUCUCUCCCAGUCAACCUCGAUUCUUUCUCCUCCACCAAUCCAAUUCAGGGGGGGGGGGGGGGGGAUUCAUGUAUUUAGUAUUCCACCUACUGUUACAUUCCCCAUUUUCUAAAUCUGAAUUUCUUCGGAUUUGCAGAGAGGAGGGAGAAGAAGAUAGAUAAAUGUCGGCAGCGAAGGUUGCCAAGCCGCAUCAUCGCCUGAAUCGGACUGAUCCUCCGACUCACCACCGCCGCAGAAGCAUCGGGUUCUCCUCCCCGAACAUCAGGAAUCGCAUUGUUCUCGACGACGAUGACGACGGCGACGACGAUUGGGUGCCGAUUGCCGCCGGAGCUAAACCGGCUUCAUCGCGGGGGAAGAGGGCGAAGAAGGACAAUAACAAUAAAAACAAGAAGAAAAAUGGGGCGGCGGCGUCUCGCUCCCAAUCUCCGACGGAAAUUCCUAAGCGGCGCAGGAUCGCUUUGAUCCAUGAUUCCGACGAAGAUUCCGUUUCGAAUAAUUCCGACUCCGAUGAUGAUUUGCUCCUCCAGCAGCUCUCCAUCGCCAACAUCAGAGACCGCGUCAGAGGCAGAGCAACCAGGUCGCUUUCCUCUUCUUCAGAUUCGUCGUCAUCGUCAUCGAAAUCGUCGUCUUCGUCUGCUGCUGCAGCUCCAGAAACGCCUCCGCUAAUCGCCGCCGCCUCCUCCUCUGUGAGGCUUCUUCAGCGGCCUAGAGGAGGAGGAGGAGGAGGAGCUGCCGUGGCGCCGGCGAGCAAUAGAUGCCAUCAGUGCUUGAAAGCUGAGAGGCAACUCUAUGUUCGCUGCUUCAGCUGUGCCAAGCUCUAUUGCUUGAGAUGCAUCAAGAUGUGGUACCCUGAGAUGACAGAUGUGGAUAUAGCACAGCAGUGCCCAUUCUGUCGGAAAAAUUGCAACUGCAAUGCUUGUCUUCACUCCACUACCAUGAUCAAGACCUCCAAAAGGGAGCUCUCUCCGGGUGAAAAGAUCCGGCAUUUGGGUUAUCUUGUCAACUCACUCUUCCCCUUCCUUCAACAAAUAUGUCGUCAACAAGCAGAGGAAAUACUAACAGAUGCUGCCUUUUCUGCUUCCCCUUCUGACAUACCUGAGAACUUCUGUAACAAUGAUGAGCGAGUUUAUUGCAACUACUGUGCGACCUCUAUUGUUGACUUUCAUCGAUGCUGCCCCAAAUGCAACUUCGAACUGUGCCUCGGUUGUUGUCAAGACAUCCGCAAUGGCAGCUUCUUGAAUCGUGCUGAGAUGAAGUUCCAGUAUGUAGAUCGUGGCCUCGACUACAUGCAUGGCGGAGAUCCAUUGAAAACUUUUCCUUCUCAAUUUCCUGAAGAUAUGACUGAGCAUUUGACUGAAUUGUUGUGGAAUGCCAACAAUGAUGGGAGUAUCCCUUGUCCUCCCAAAGAGAUUGGGGGUUGUGGAGACUCGGUAUUGCAACUCAAACGUAUCUUCCCAACGGGAUGGAUUUCUGAUUUGACUGAGAAGGCAAGGAAGUUCCUUGGUUGCUGUAACACUAGACAGCAGAGCCUGCCUUGCAAAUGUGGUGAAACCGGGAGAGAACCGAUCAGGAGAGCAGCCUCUAGAGAAGCAAAUGAGGAUGAUUACUUGUACUGCCCAGUCUCAGAGGACAUUAUAGAGGAGGAAGAUCUUCUGCAUUUCCAGAAGCACUGGGCAAAAGGGGAGCCCGUUAUUGUUCGUGAUGUACUUAAUACAACCACUCAUUUAAGCUGGGAGCCAAUGGUGAUGAUGCGUGCAUUAUGCGAUAAUGCUAAUUCCGAUAUUAGUUCGAAGAUGUCUGAAGUAAAGGCCAUUGAUUGCCUGGCUGCUUGCGAGGUGGAAAUCAACACCCGCAUGUUUUUCAAAGGAUAUACUGAGGGGAGAAGAUAUUUCAAUCUUUGGCCUGAGAUGCUAAAGCUAAAGGAUUGGCCCCCUUCUGAUAAAUUCGAAGAUCUCUUGCCUCGUCACUGUGACGAGUUCAUCAGUGCACUUCCAUUUCAAGAAUACAGUGAUCCAAAAGCUGGAAUUCUAAACCUUGCUGUCAAGUUUCCCCAUGGUCUCCUGAAACCCGACUUGGGUCCCAAAACUUAUAUUGCAUACGGAAUGAAGGAAGAGCUUGGCAGAGGCGACUCUGUGACCAAGCUUCACUGUGAUAUGUCAGAUGCGGUGAAUAUUUUGACUCAUGUGGCUGAGGUAGAGGUAAACGAAGAGCAAUCAUUUGCCAUUGAACGUUUGAAAAAGUUGCACAAUGAGCAGGAUAGAAAAGAGCAAGUAGCACAAAAUAAUAGGAGCAAUCAUAACAGUGGGGGAAUUACUUGUGAAGCAGAGAAGCAUUCUGCUGAGACCGAAAGGAGAGUUGAGAUUCUUGAAGAGUCUGGAUGCAUGGGUUUGCAUUCAGAACAACCAGAGGACACAAUUGGUGCUCUUUGGGAUAUCUUCAGGAGAGAAGACGUCCCCAAGUUAGAGGAAUAUCUUUGGAAGCACUCUACAGAAUUCAGGCAUACAUACUGUUGUCCUGUGAAGCAGGUUAUCCAUCCAAUUCAUGACCAAUGCUUUUAUUUAACGUUGGAGCAUAAGAAGAGAUUGAAGGAGGAAUUUGGAGUGGAGGCUUGGACAUUCGAACAGAAAGUUGGAGAAGCUGUGUUCAUUCCUGCUGGAUGCCCACAUCAAGUCAGGAAUCUAAAGUCGUGCACGAAAGUCGCCGUGGAUUUUGUUUCCCCUGAGAAUGUGAGCGAGUGCCUCCGGCUGACAGAGGAGUUCCGGCAACUUCCCAAGAACCACAGGGCUAGGGAAGACAAACUUGAGAUCAAGAAAAUGAUGGUUUACGCGAUGGAAGAAGCAGUCCGCGACUUGGAAGAGCUGACGAUGAUGAAGGCUUAAACAAAGCUUCAUGAAAUUUGUUUUUUUAUUUUUUUUUAUUUUCCCCCCAAGGGGUUCUUAGAUUUAGCUUAGGCUUCUUCUCUCCUUCUUUGUCUGUUUGACAGAGCACAGAGUAAGAGUGUAACGUUGCAAGGCUGGGCUGUGUUUCUCUGCCUUCUUUGUUUUUAUACAUUGAACUACAGAGCCAUGGCUAGGGUGACAACUGAGAAGCCCUGAGGGAAGCUGAAGCAGUUUCAUAACUGCCGUCUCUUCCCUUCCUUUCUUGUCAGAAUAAAACGAUGCCUGCCUUCAAAUCAAUGGCAUGGCUGCAGGAAUUCCAAAAAGGUGUCUCCUAUUCCCAAGUUUGAGGAUCCUAAAGUUUAUGAGGAAAACAAAGAAAGAUAUAUAAGGGUUUACAAAAAGCUAAUGUGUCAUGACUAUUCCUAUGAUUAAUGAUAAAAAAACUCAGUUUCCAUUAUGACUCUGAUCUUAAAAUAUUCAAUGGUGAUCCACAUUAAUAAUAUUCGUUUUUAUAUAUUUUUUGAAAUAGCUCAACUAUGCUACAAAGUUUUGUGUCCCGUACAAGUUCAAUUUAUACCAUAAAGAAAUUUGUACGAAAAGAUAUAGGUACAAACUAAAUUUGUAAAUCAUAAUGUUUAACAUACAAGUUUAGUUUGUAUCAUAAACUAAUUUGUACGAAAAACUAUAGGUACAAAUUGAAUGUUAGAAGUAUAGUUCAGUUUGUACCGUAAAAGAAUUUGUACGAAAAAGUAUAUGUAUAAAACAAAGGUCAUUCCUAAGGUUAAAGAACCACGAAAUAUGAAGGAAUUCAGACCCAUAAGCUUAUUCAAAGAUUUUAGCAAAUCGGCUUAAAACCAUUUUGGGUAAAGUUCUUGUGGAAAACUAGAGUGUGACUUUGUGUGAGGCUGAUACAUAAUAGACAAUGUGAUGGAGGCUUUCAAAUCUUUUGUAGCUAUGGAAAACAAGAAAAAAAAAUACUUCAUAGCAACUAAGCUGGAUAUAGGAAAAGCAUAUGACAUGGUAGAAUGGACUUUUUUAAAGGUCGUUAUGAGAAAGGUGGGUUACUGCGAAAAUGCAUUGUGUUACCAAUAUAUCUUAUGCAAGAAUGGUGAAUGGUCAUCAAACAAAGGUUUUUUUUUAUCCUACUAGAGGCCUAAGGCAAAGUGAUCCAAUUCCAAUUCCACUUUAUCUUUUUCUUUUCCUUUUAUGCGCAGAAGGCUUAUCAGCUUUGACUACUAACACAUUCAUGGAAGGAAAAUAUAUGGCAUAGAGAUUCGAGGCAUGCACCUAUGGUCUCCCACAUACUCUUUGCAGAUGACAAUAUCUUUUCGCUAAGAGCUACUGGGGAAGAAAGCAAAGUUCUAAAAGACAUUCUUCUAGCAUAUGAACAAGAAUCUAGUCAAAUAGUAAAUGUGCAGAAAUCAAAACUAUCUUUUAGUACAAAUGUGAAAAUAGAUCCACGAGAAGAGAUUGCAAGAAUCAUGCGAAGAGACAUGUGGAGUCCCAUGAAAAGUAUCUAGGGUUGCCGAAAGUAGUAGGAAAGAACAAAAAACCAAGUCUUCAGCUAUCUUAUUGACAGAGUACGAAAGAAGGUAAAUUUUUAGAAAAACAAGCUAUUGUCGAAUGCUACUAAUGAGGUUUUAAUCAAGGUUGUAACACAAUUUCAGGCCCUCAAUGCCAUGUAUGUGUUUCUAAUACCAGAAGGAGUUUUGGAUGAACAAGGGGACUCAUUAUAGGACUCUGGUGGGGACAGAAGAAUGAAGAAGCGUAUUCAUUGGAUAAAAUGAGUGAAACUCUGUAAGCCUAAAGAAGAAGGUGGUAUGAGAUUCUAGAAUUUACAUGGUUUUAAUCUUGGCAUUACUGGGACGCCAAGUCUAGAAUCUGCUCAAUAAACCUAACUUUUUACGGGCUCAAAUCGUUAAAACCAAGUAUCAUCCAAUUAGCAACAUUCUACAAGUGACAGUAGGUUAGAAUCCAAGUUCUGUUUGGAGAGCAUUAAUGGCGGCAAAAAGUUAGAUCUUGCAGGAACAAGAUGGAGAGUAGGAAAUAGGAACACUAUUCCAAUCUGGUGGGAUAAAUGGAUUCCCGAAGUUGAAGAAAACAAGGUACAAACCCAAAUUACAGGUCUAAGUCUAAAAGCAACGAUGGAUUCAUUAAUUGAUCAUGAGACAAGAACAUGAAAAAUGGAUCUAUUGCAGGCACCCUUAAACGUAGAGGAUAUGCAUAGAAACCUACAAAUUCCUAUCAUACGCCAUUGACACUUGAUACCCAUUGCUGGGAAUGGAAAAGACAGGCAAAUUCAGUACAACAACAAGCUAUGAGCUUUGGCAGAAAUUGGAGCAAGAAGAAGAGGGAGAACUAUAUGUUCCGAUUCAAUGGAAACGAUUGUGGAAACUAAAGCCCCACGAAGACCAAGAUCAUUGUAUGGAAAUAGGGCCUAAACGUCCUACCUACUGGAGAAACUUUGGGUAUAAUUCUUAAGAACUUCUCCAAUGAGUGUCCGUUUUGUGGGCUUUCUAAAAACAUGAACAUAUUUUUUGUGACUGUGUGUGGACAAGCAGAAUAUAAAGUUCGAAAUCGCUGACCUAAAUGUUUGAGAUUGGGGCAGAAGCAACAUGUGAGGACUGGCUAUGGAAGUACUAGAAACCUAUGAUGAUAAUCAGAUCCAACAAUCUGUUAUACUUUUAGGGUUUAUAUGGAGAGAACGCAACAAUCACUUGUUCAAUAAUGCAAAAUUGGAAGAAUGGGAGAUUUAUGGUAGAUCUAGAAAUUACUUGGAGAAAUUCAUCGAGCACCAGACCACGCCAGUGACACUAUAUCUGGAACAUCGUAUGUAUGUCUAGGAGCCACCACCGCAGGUGACAUUGAAGAUGAAUAUUGAUGCAACGGUCAUUCGAGGUGCAGAAACGGGGAUGGGUUUUGUGGUAUGAGACUACUCUGAGAACUUCUCGGUGGCGACAGUUAGACGAGAUCACCGGUGAUGGAGCCCAGAGAUCGUGGAAGCUCAAACGUUCCUCUGGGCCUUAAUCUUUGCCGAGCAACAUGAUCUCUGACCAGUGAUAAUUGAAACUGACUGCCUCACGAUGUUAGCAAAAUUGAAUCGAGAAGAUGAUUCAAUUUUAGAAAUUGGAGGUGUUUGUGAAGAAAUUAGAGAAUGCGAA